AUUGACAAUUUUGUAAAUGUAAAUAUGCAGGUGCGCUUGCAGGACACAGAGUGUAUUUAUGUAAAUAUAACUACCGAGGGACACCGAAGCCACUGAGCUGUUUCUCCUCGCGCCAUGGCUUGUCCCGCACACCACAGCACAACUGCUGUCAACAGACUUUACUAGUUGACUUCCUCAGGAACGAUGUCAAACAGAUAGUUAUUUAAAAGUUGAUUUGACUUGGGAUUUCUUGUAAUCACGGCCAGGUGUCGUGAUGCCCCAGUUAACAGUGGCAACCAUCCUGCAGCUCACCCUACUGCUCUCCGCACUACCAGCCCAGUACCUCAUCUCCCGGUGGACCGGAGCGUCCGUAGCGCAGCGCUACCACGCCACCAAACGGUUGUUGGGUACGUGGGGUGAGUGGAGGAAGUCCUACCUGAACACCACUGUCUGGACAGAGUGGAUCGCAGACCUUAUGGAUAGAAUCACGAUGCUGGUGGGAGGGGAAGAGGAGGGAGAGGUUCCUGGAGAGUCUCCUGCUCUGGAGGUCAUGCUGCAAGACAACGACCUGGGCUUCUUUGGAGCCUCCCGGUCGGUCCGUAGGCCGCGCCCUCCCUUCGUCUUCCUGCGUGUGGGUGAUGUCGUCAUGGAGCGGAAUGGUCACAUGAUCGGGGUGAUCGUCAGCUGGGACCCAGAGCUCCGAGCCCCCCCAGAGUGGAUGAGCAGGUUGCACCCAAAUGAGGAGGUUAACGCAGAGAACACCCCCCACUAUAAGGUGUUAUUCAGUGGUCCUGGCCCCUCCUCUCUCCUAGUGGGAUACCUGCCUCAGACCAGGCUGGAACGGGUCACUGGAACCAGGCCGGAGAUCCCCACCCUAGAACAGUACUUCACACACUUUGAUGGAGAGCGGUUUAUCAUGCAGCCCUGGCUCCAAGAGAUCUUCCCUGAAGACUGACAGACGGGGACCACAAGAGUGUGUGUGUGUGUGUCAGUGGGACACCUAACUGGACGGUAGAUGUAAAGAAAAGGACAGCUCCUCUCUCUGUUCCCCCCACAACAAGAUCAAUUUAAUUUCACACAGUAAUUUAGUAGAGGGGAAAAGGCUCACGCCUUUAGCCACCUACUGUGGAAAAAUGCAUUGAAAAUAUAGGAAGCAUUAUUUUAUUAGCUGCAAACGGUGAUCAGCGUUUACCCACCUACUGUUUUAACCACUACAUCAUUGAAGAUGUCAUACAGUAUUUCAUUUCAGAACAAAAUUAAAGACAGAAAAUAUAAUACAGUUCAUUAUCAUAAAGACCUCAAACUUGAAUCAAGAACAGCCACAUUUACAUAAUUUAUUGACAUUCAUGUUUAUGGACAGAAGCUUUGAGGAAAAGCUUAAAUAAAUAUUAUUCUAAACAAAA